CAUUACCAUAAACCACGCACUUUGGUUUAUGAUUUAUGACAUUCACCAUGGCGAACAUAGACUACUACGAGAGGCUGGCAGAAAGGAUCAAUUUUGACAACACGCCUUUGCUGGUAGGGGCAGGAGUCAGCUUCCUUGUCGGCUAUGCCCAAUAUGCGUAUGCCAUCGGUUUGACUCUCCGGGAAGGAAAGGGCCCGAUGCCUUUUUGGAUGCACUCACUCUACCUUGCCCAUGACUCUACGUGGUCUUAUCUCUUCGCCAAUGCAGCCCCGCGAUACAACGGGCACUGGUUCUUUCAAGCAACAUCAGCAGCACUUUUCAUUUGGAGUGCUCUCGAAGUAUUCUGCAUCCACAGAGAGAUCACGAAGAACCGAAAGGCUACUUUCUCAUCUUAUUUCGGCCCAGAUCCUCAACUCCUUCCGGUAGUCGUCUAUGCGGCUUUUCUUCAAAUGGGCAUGUACGCCGUCGUGGUAAUAAUGAUACUCCUCAUGGGCGAAGGUUGCUUCAUGCAAUGGGCCUGCCUUACCAAUGUUGUCAUUGCUCUCGGCCCGACUUCAGAGUACUUGAAAAGAGGAUCUAGGGAAGGGCUUAGUCUUGGGUUUGCACUGGUCAACAUUUUCGGAACCAUCUGGACGUUUAUUCCCUUCGGUUUCUUCGCUCUGACAAUUCCGGAGAUAUUUACUCAGCCUGCUUACUAUGCCGUUGGCGUGGUGCUUGUAGCGAUUUCAGUAUACGACUUUUUCAUCGUUGCCAGCUAUCCUGCAAAGAAGAAGCCAAAGUACGGGCCGACACCAAUUUGGUAAUCGGGGAGAUUGGAGACUUAGUUCAGACACUCAGGGAUCAGGUGAAGGUAAUUCUAUAGCAUAAAGAAAUCAAUUCUAUUUCGUAGUUUGAAGUCUUGGUAUAGCAAUAAAUUAUUGGGAGGUGAAGGGAACUUGGAGUGAGGGCAGUGUUAUCUAUUAAAAACG